AUGCUUUUGCAAUCAUUGUUCGCUAUUGCCGCCCUUGGCGGCGUAUUGCUUGCUGACAAGAAGGGACCCAAGACGGUAUACAAGCAUGUCGCAGCAAUCAGCAUUGAUGGUCUGCACAGCUCCGAUAUGCCCAAGAGAAGAGCUACUGUUAUAUGCAUGAUUGUAUUGUUCCAGGCUCUUCCAGAAAUCUCCAAGCAGACAAAGACCAAAGACCUGUCACAGCUCACCACUGAACAAAGCCAGCGAAAUCGACUAUUGCGGAGCUCCUCGAGACCGGCUAUGAAUUUACCGACACACCUCUGCGCUUCGGAUUUGUUCCCAGGUGCAAUUAUCUAUUCUCGGGUGCAAAGCCCAAGAACCCACGGUGUCUGGUACGACGGUCCUGCUGGUGCUGAAGUUGCCUUUAAUGAGAGUAAAGAUUAUGAUUCCACGCUCGAGGGUUUGCGGAAGGUUCAAUGGGCUGAUGCCACCGGACACCCCGCCUACGACCUCGCAGGCAAGGGUCUUUCCAUCGGCUACUUCCCCGAGAUCGCGGCCAUCCCAGUCACCACAGAUACGACCAUUGCAUAUGACAAGCUGCACGUGAACGCCUUUAUUGGGUGGAUCAUGAACGGCACCACCCCAGAGCACUCUGAGAUCCAAGAGAAGCUGACUGGUAAGACGAGUGGUUAUGUGGCCAAGACCCUUGACUUCACACCCCAGCCCCUCAAGGCUCUCGACUUCGUCGAUGCUUCUCUCGGUCAAGUUGUCGCUGCACUCAAGGCUAGGGGUGUCAACGACGAGACAUUGAUUGUCGUGGCCUCCAAGCACGGGCAAGCACCCAUUGCCCAACGAAAGACAGCAGUUGCAGGUCUCAAUAAGCAACGCGAAGCCCUAAAGAUUGAGGAUAUCAUCUACGGCGAUCGCGUCGUCGACCUCGGCUACGGCAACCCACUGACCGAUUCUGCGGUCCCGGAUAUCAUUGUCAGGCCAACUGAGGGCAUCAUUUACACUACGAGCACUGCAAAGAUUGCUGAACAUGGCGGUAUCAAUGCGGAUGAUAGGAAGGUGGCUUGUUUCGUUAGCGCACCGGGGCUCAAGAAGACCAAGGUCAACCAAAAUGGCGUCCAGUUGGCUGUAUUUUAG